AUGAACUUCAUAAAGAAGUGCUGGGAUAAAAUUGGCAAUGAAUUCACGGCAGCAUUAUUGAAUUUCUUCCAAUGUUCAAAGCUACCGUCAGAUGCUAAUGUUACGUGGGUGGCGCUAACCCCCAAGUUUACUGGUGCUAAGAAAAUCAAAGACCUGCGACCAAUUAGCAUGGUGGGGUGUGUGUAUAAGGUGAUCUCGAAGUUGCUGGUGAGGAGAAUGCGUAGAAUUAUGCCAGGGCUAGUAGGUGAGACACAUAGUGCUUUUGUCAAAGGUCGAAAGAUUCAUGAAGAGGCCCUUAUCGCGUGCGAAACUGUCGAGUGGAUGAUUGGAGAAGCUAUCAGGAUCGGUCGUAUAUCUCCGUUAUUGGUAGGGAGAGAUCAUAUAGAGUUGUUGCACCUUCAGUUUGCAGAUAAUACGAUGUUGUUCUGCCCACCUGAGGAAGAGACCAUCAAGAAUUACAGGAGGCUGCUUCGUUGCUUUGAGUUGAUGUCAGGCUUAAUGGGUACAACGUGUAGGGUGCUAGGCUGUAAGGAUGUCACUCUUCCAGUAAAAUAUCUAGGUGUCCCGCUUGGAGCUAACCUGAGGUUGGUUAAGACUUGGAAGCCAAUAAUAGACAAAGUGGAGGAAAAGCUCAGCCUUUGGAAGGCCAAGGCCCUUAAUAAAGCCGGCAAGUUGGUGCUUAUCAAAUCUGUGUUGAAUAGCCUUCCUGUUUAUUAUUUGAGCUUAUAUAAGAUGCCCAGGGCUAUUGCAGAGAAGUUAAUUUCCUUGCAGAGAAGAUUUCUUUGA